AUGACCACAAAUUGUGAUGCUAGACAGCUAGGACACAUGUGGCUGAAGGACAUGCAGCUUUUUACUUCUAGAGUUGUCGUCUCUAACCUGCAGCACUACUACAGCACUGCCAGCAAUAGCUGGUACAACACACAAAGCUCGCUGGGUAGCUUCACUGUGUUUUGAUGCUACAUGUCGUCCACAUAUUAACUGUGAAAAAAUCUCUGAAAUGUUGGUGUGUCACAAUCUAAUCUCCUGUGUGGUCUAACAAAUAUUUUCUGUUGUUUGGUAUCUUGUGCACAUAUUAAUUUAAAAAAACCCACUACCAAUGUGCUGUAUAUUUAAUAUAAAAACAAACAACAAAAGAACAUUUUACACACAGCCAGAUUCUGCACAUCAAAAGACAUUAAAAGACUUGGAAAACAAAAAUAUACUACAAGCGGAAGACAAAAGUAUACCUAAAAGAAAGUGAAACUAAGAUGCACUAUUAGCCUAAGCCAUACUAAAACAAAUUAAGAUACACAGAAAGACUAAAAUACACUAAAAGACAUGAAGUUUACAUGAAAUCAAGGUGCGAGAUUCUUGUAAUUAAUAUUGUGAACUAUUAAAUCUGAUCUGAACCGAAUCAGAACUGAAAAGUGAGGCUGGUAGUGUAAACGCAGCUACGAUGCAUGUGAUGAAAAGCAAAGGCUAGCUUGUAUUGUCUGAUCCCAAACAGCUACUAAAGCUUAAAUUACUUUAAAAGUUAGCUGCAGACACGUUUCCACUGCUGAGAGUACAGGACAGCUUGGUGUCCGGUAGCACAGCAAACCCUCAGAGGUCCGCUUCAGGACUGUUAGCCAGCCUGGACUGGCCCACGGGAGAACCGGGACAAUUCUCAGUGGCCUGGACCCAAAAGUAGCCUGACUGGCCUGCUUGUCAGCAAAUAAAUAAUCAAUCACGGUGCAUUACAUCGGUGUGCCUGAUUGGUCUGCCUGACACUGACACCUGUGCAAAGACAAAAUCAUUUGUGUUCGUCGGUUCUCACUAAUAAUGGCUUUUGGUCAAAAUGACGGUAGUAUUGUUUUUUAAUGAUCAACAAGAGCAAACACACAGAGGUGGAACAGCAGAGAUGCAGAGAAAUGUGGUGAAAUGGAGGAAAAAAUAUUUUCAUGGCUGUGUUAAAGUGACAGGUCGAUAUUUCAGUAUUGAAGCUGCUCAGCUAAAUUAGUCUGUACACAUAGGCUUCUGUCCACAUCUGUCCACAUCUGUCCUUGUCCAGCUCAGAAACAAUUGGACAAUCUGUUUUGUUGAGUUAACUUUUUCAUUUUCUAAUGUUAGCUGAGUCACAUCAGGUGAAGCUGCUGUUGACUUCUUGGUUUUCCUGUUGCAGUGAAUAUAAAUGUUAACAUUUUAUAUUUAUGGUAAACUGGCAUCUAAAUUAUUUGCUGACAAAAUGACUCAAUCAUGUUGUUUCAGGUUAACAUGAUAUCAUGAGAUGAGUAAUGGAGUCCUGCUGGGACUGUUGCUGAGUCUUUUGAUGAGAGGAAAGCUGGACUGGUGGCUUAUAGCUGUGUGUGGAUGUUGGUCUAUAUAGAAUAUUGAGCUUUGGUGAUUAAGUAGUCUGUGUGUGUGUGUGCGUGGAUGUGUGUGUGUGUGUGUACUUUCAUGUGAAAAUAUGUGUGCUGUAUAUGAAUUAGGGCGGCCUGAGUGAGUGUACGACUCCCGGCCUGACAUUUAGUCCCAGUCUGGUCCUUCGUGUUCGGCAGGCGGUGUUAAAGUGAGGUUCGUCUGUUUGUUUACCUUCUACCCACGUGUCUUAAUAAACCUCCACAAAAGUUUCAGGUCAGAAUACAACAUCACUCAGAUUAAUUUCAUACUUCAUUUCAGUAGCUAAGUGUGCCUUGAAGAUGAGCAAUGGAAGCCUCUGAGAGGAAAGGGAAACAGAAACAAAAAAGUUAAAACCUAAAAAUGCAAUUUAAGAUAAAAUGAACAAAAUAAAACCUGUAGGUUAGUAUGUCCUUUAAUGUGUUUAAAAUCCUCACCUCCUGAUGUUCCUUAGUUUUAUUUAUUUUAACCCAAGUUUCUUUAUCUCCCUUCAUGCUCCUAAAUGCUGUGAACUGCUUUACAGACCACAUUUUAAUUGUUGCAUAAAUAUUUGUUUACAGUAGAAGUGAGUUUUAUUUGCACUGUCUGUCAUCAGGUGCAGCCUGAACAUGGAGGCAUUAGGACCCAGGUUUCUCUCUGCUGUUAAAACUAAAGCCACUGCCGCCUUUAGUCUCCGUCUGUCCCCGUGCCGGAUAGACAGAGUGGUUGCCUGCUGGAUCUUUGCCUUUCCCUUCAUUUCCUCUCUUUUCUGUGGAUAUGCAGCUCAGAGGUAGUCCCAGCAUCCGGCAGCAGAUGGAGGACUUCUACAGAUCACCUGCAGACACACUGCAGCAGCAUCAGUAGUUUACCUCUGAGUUUCCUCUCUGAAAAGUCACAUCUUUUUGUUGUUAAUCAUCUUGUGUUGAAAUUUAUCUCUUGCUGCAGCCUCAUCUAGGACAGAAGCGACAGGCUCUGAACUCCUCCUCCUUCUCCCACUUUUCUCUUUCACUAGCUCAGCUGUCACUCUGUCCGUCACUGUUAGGAUAUCCCCUUCCCUCUUUCUAGGGUUUCAUAAUGCAGUGGGACCUCUGCGAGGUCUGACUCUCAUUCAGAGGCUGGGUUGGAUUUCAUCCCUCUGCUCGUCGAACAAUAUCAGCAAGUAAUGAAGGCUAUAAGUCAGCACAGAGGGAUUCUGGAGAUGACGGCAGGACACGGCUCAUGUGGAACUUUGAAUAAGUAAAAGAAGUUUUAUUUUUUCCAUCAAAUCUUCUGGAGCUUUCAACAGCUGAAGACUUUUUUUGUAUGUGUUGUUUGGAUCUAUUGGACAUAUAAUAAUGGGAAAUGCAGCAGGAAGCCUCGAGGUUUCCCAGCGGAAGGAGGGCAAGGCGGCCCCGCCGGGCUCCACGGGGCCCCCGAAGCAAACGGCAGCAGAGAAGCUCCCGCUGCCACCUGAGGAGGAGCUGGAGAAGCGCUUCAGCGCGGUGCUGAACACGAUGAACCUUCCUCCAGAUAAAGUGAGGAUCCUCAGCCAGUACGACAACGACAAGAAGUGGGAGCUGAUUUGUGACCAGGAGCGGUUUCAAGUGAAGAAUCCACCAUCUGCAUAUUUGGAAAAGCUGAAAAGUUAUCUGGAUCACGGAGGAGUCAGUCGGAAGUUUAAGAGACGUGUCCCAGAAUCCACACAGAUCCUGAGAGAGCUGGAGAUUUCUCUGAGGACCAAUCAUAUCGGCUGGGCUCAGGAGUUCCUAAAUGAGGAGAACCAGGGUUUGGAUGUCCUUGUGGAUUAUCUCUCUGUUGCACACAGCGCUGUCCCGUAUGAUGUGGACACUUUGGAAAAUGGCAUUCUGCCCUCAGACAAAAGCAAACACACGGACAAGUCAGUGGAAGACCUCAGCAGAAGUGCCAGUAACUCGCCUACUAACAGUGCCUCCAAGGCCAGUAAGCCCUUCACUGUCAGAAGAGCUCUGAGGAACUCGCGCAACGUGAGUCAGAAAGAUGACGUUCAUCUCUGCAUCAUGUGUUUACGCGCCAUCAUGAACUACCAGUCGGGUUUCAACCAAGUGAUGAAGCAUCCCUGCUGCGUCAACGAGAUCACACUCAGCCUCAAUGACAGAAACUCGAGGACCAAAGCUCUGGUGCUGGAGCUGCUGGCAGCCGUGUGUUUGGUCAGAGGAGGUCAUGACAUCAUCCUCGCUGCCUUCAACAACUUCAAAGAGGUGUGUGGAGAGAAAAGCCGAUUUGAGAAGCUCAUGGAGUAUUUCCGUAAUGAAGACAGCAACAUCGACUUCAUGGUGGCGUGCAUGCAGUUUAUCAACAUCGUGGUCCACUCAGUAGAGAACAUGAACUUCAGAGUUCACCUCCAGUAUGAGUUCACGCAGCAUGGGCUGGACGACUACCUGGAGAUGUUGAAGUUCACAGAGAGCGACAGGUUGCUGGUGCAGAUCCAGGCCUAUCUGGAUAAUGUGUUUGAUGUGGGAGCUUUGCUAGAGGAUGCAGAGUCCAAGAACGAACUGCUGGAGCACAUGGAGGAACUGCAGGAACACAACACGCAGCUGAACACCAGGCUUCAGGAGAGUGAGAGGGAGGCCAUGGAGAAAGUGUCCGAGCUGGAGAAGCAGCUCAUUCAGACCACCAAAGAAGUGGAGCUUUUAAAGGAGAGUCUGCGUGAGUCCUGCUCUCAGGUGGCUCAGCUGCAGCAGCGGGAACAAGAGAGGGACCUCGAAUGUGAGAGAGAAGAAUACCGAUCCACAGAGGUCCUGAAGGAGCUGGAGCUCAGAGUUCAGGCUCUGGUGGAUCAGGGCCUCCUCCGUGUGGAGCGCUCCUCCUCUGGACACCUGGAUGUCCAGGUGGUCCAGAACAUGACGCAGAGAGAUGGGGCAGAUGAUGCUCCCACCUCCUCACAGCCUCCAACGGAAGUUUCUUCACAGUCAGCAGCAGCACAAGCGCCCCCGCCCCCUCCCCCACCUCCCCCGCCUCCUCCUCCUCCAGUCCCAGCAGCAGCUCCUCUUCCUCCUCCUCCUCCACCAUCGGCAGCGCUGCCUCCCCCACUGCAUGCUGGAGGUGGUGCGACCCAGCAGACAGAUGUGACAGAAUUUAAAAGAAAGAAGCCCAUUCAGACCAAAUACCGCAUGCCGCUGUUCAACUGGCAGGCCCUCAGACCCCACCAGGUGGCUGGAACCAUCUUCAGCGAGCUGGACGACGAGCACGUCUUGGAGGAGCUGAACAUGGCAGCGUUUGAGGAGCAGUUUAAGACCAAAGCCCAGUCUGCCCCUGUAGAUCUGGGCACCCUGAAGAUGAAGGCCCACAAGACUCCCAGCAAAGUGACUCUAAUGGAGCCCAACAGGGCCAAAAACCUGGCUAUCACCCUACGAAAAGAAGGGAUGGCUGCAUCUGAUAUCUGCUGUGCCAUCGAGACGUACAACCAGAAAGCUCUGAGCCUGGACUUCCUGGAGCUCCUGGAGCGUUUCAUUCCCACGGAGUAUGAGAUGAAGCUCAUACACGACUACGAGGCCGAGGGCAGGCCGCUGGACGAGCUCAGCGAGGAGGACCGCUUCAUGGUGCGCUUCAGCAAGAUCCCGCGGCUUUCCCAUCGCAUCAGCACUCUCACCUUCAUGGGAAAUUUCCCCGAGAGCGUCCAGCUCAUUCAGCCGCAACUCAACGCCAUCAUCGCUGCCUCAAUGUCAAUCAAAUCUUCCAACAAGCUGAGGAAAAUCCUGGAGAUCAUCCUGGCGUUUGGAAACUACAUGAACAGCAGCAAGCGAGAGGCAGCGAGAGGCUUCCGUCUGCAGAGUUUAGAUCUGCUACUUGAUACUAAAUCCACCGACCGCAGACAAACACUGCUGCACUUCAUCGUCAGCGUCAUCCAGGAGAAAUACCCGGAGCUGCAGAGCUUCUACGCAGAGCUGCACUUCCUGGAAAAGGCGGCAUUCGUUUCAGUGGACAGUAUCCUGCAGGAUGUGCGAGCUCUGCAGAAGGGGAUGGAGGUGACGAGGAGGGAGUUCUCUGAAGAAAACAACAACCCUGUGCUGCAGAAGUUCCUCAGCAGCAACUCGCAGCUGCUUGACUCUCUUACAGCUGACGGAAAGACGGCACAGGAUGUGUACGAGUCAGUUGUGGAGUAUUUUGGAGAGAAUCCUAAAACCACUCCACCCUCUGUGUUCUUCCCUGUUUUUGUCAGGUUCAUCAAAGCGUACAAGCAAGCUGAGCAGGACAAUGAGCAGAAGAAGCACCACAUCCUCAACUGUGAAGCUCCAUCAUCUCCUACUAAACCACAAGUCACUGGGAACAAGGUUCCUGUGACGCCCAAACUGCAGCAGAUGGAUCUGAUUGCAGAGCUGAAGAAGAGACAGGUGUCUCCUCUGGUAAGAGAGGGGAAGGAUGGUGCCAUUGAGGACAUUAUCACAGAUUUAAGGAAUCAGCCGUACAGACGGACGGACGGCGGUCGGCGCAGCAGCAAGUGGAAACCAGGACAACAGCUUCACGUAUCCUCAGACAUCUCCCUCUAAACAAGCACAAGCACCAGUCAGCUGCUGCAUGCUGGGAGAGCAUAAACACCAUCCCACCUGCAGCACAAACAAGAAGAAACAUCAGCUGAACGAGCUCUGAACGUCCUUCACGCCUCAUCCUGGCUGUAAAAUGUUCUGAUUGGAAUAAUUGAAUGUUAAAGACAGAGAAUUAUCUACUGUGCUUGACGUUAAUGACACUGGAUGUCAUACGAGCUAAUCAAGACAAUUACAUGGAAGAAUGAGCCGCUCGGCUGAGAGGUAACACGAGCUUCAUUAAAGCUGCGCAGAUAUCAGCCUCCACUGAAGGAGGAUCUUCACCGGCUUUAGAAGCUGACAGACGAGCCUCAUAAAUCAUCCUGAUAGUUUCCUUAAAAAGACUCCAGACUUAAAAAAAAGUUUUAGUAGAAUAUUAAUUCCCUCUGUUCCUGUGCUCCUACAUCCUAAACAUGAAGAUUUGUAAUAUAAGUAAAUUAUUUUUAAUACUAAAUAAACCCUGAAUUUCUGUUUUGCUUCUGCAUUUCAGCAAAUAAAGAAUUUUAUACAGUU